AGCCGCCAAACAGCUCUGACCCAACCUACAUGAAGAGUGCCGGUAGGUUACUGUAAGCAAGCAAGCAAGACCCCCCACCACGACAUCCCCCGUCCUUAGCUCGUUUACGUACAGUAGGUAGGUCCUGUAACUACUCAGCACACCAUCAUCGAGACGCAACCGUCUCGCGACAACGUCGCGGAGAAGCCUCGCCUAGCCCGCUUUGCACGUCCACGAUUGUACGUCCGGAAGUCGUCGUCAGGCAUAUCAUACACCUCACAACACUGCUCCGCCCCGAACUGUCAUCGCACCAUGCCUCCACGACAUCAAACUCUCCCGAGCGCCCAGACUGCCUCGGCUCGCGCUGCCAGGCAGUCUUUCUACUGCGAGCUGUGCUCAAAGGGCUACAGUCGGAUGAACGACUAUGAAGCCCACCUCUCCUCUUACGAUCACUCGCAUCGCCAGCGCAUGAAAGACAUGAAACAAAUGGUCAAGGACCCGACGGCAGCCGCUCGAGCCAGGAAGGCAGAGCAGAAAACCGAAGGGCUCAUCAGCAUCAAGCUCGGCGAAGGCGGCGGGAAUGGGAGUGCUGCAGCCGCCAGCGGAGCCAUCAAGAAGGGGGGCUUUAAGAAGAGCGGCUUUAAGAGCGCGUUUGCGCCCAUGGACGGCGACGACGCCAAGGUAGAGGCCGUACUAGAGCCUGCCAAGGAGAAGAAGACGCUGGCGCUGGAGGAUGAGAGCGAUACCGAAGACGAGGACUACGAGCAUUAUGAUCCCAGGAAGCCAACAGAUUGAAAGCUCAAGUGCAAUCAGACGAAAACCGCCCUCCUCGUGUCGCUCAGAGUAUCUGUCCGACCACUUUGCCCACUCCGUGCACACAGCAGCAUAAGCAUAUCUCGGCUCAGAGCCAA